AUGUCAUUUGAAUGUGAAGUGUGUGAUUCACCGACAGCCACGACACUUCACUUUGGUGGAAGAUCAUGUAAAGCUUGUGCUGCCUUCUUUCGUCGUACCGUUUCAAUGAAUAUGGGUUACAAGUGUAUAAAUGGAGGAUUGACUAUAUGCCGUAUACAUCAUGAACUUCGAAUGCUUUGUAGACAAUGCAGAUUUCUGAAAUGCUUAAGAGCUGGAAUGAAUAAGAAUUUAGUUCAAUCACGACGGGAUGAUCAUCAGCCAAUUCUUGAGCCGAUGGAUAAACGAGUGGCAAGAAGGCAGCGAUACUCAUCAUCUGUUACUAGUAAUACUCAAGUUACAUCACCAGAUUCUAGUGAGCAACCGUCAACAAGUCAGAGUCCUGAAGUCAUCCAACAUCCAAUAUCAGUAUCGUCAUUUGAAUAUGAUGAUAUCAGUUCCUCAGUUAUAGCUCAUCACAGACGAGUGGAAGCUUCAUUGAAUGAUAGACGGCGUCUGAUGUACACAGAAGUUAAGAUGCGUGACGUCUUCAAUUAUAUAUGUGAAUGUCCGUAUGAGUUGAUUCAUUUGCGACCAUUUGACUAUCGUGCCUUUCGUGGAUUUGAUCGAGCAGACUUCAUUAUGAUUUAUGAUUAUGCCAGAGCCCUUGGUGGCUUUGAAGACUUGACUAUAGAUGAGAAGAGUGUCUUCUACAGAUUCAGCUGUGCAGUUGACUGUAUGAUCAACUCAGCUUAUUACACAUCUCGCCUGGGUGCAGAAGAUUCUUUUCUUAUUCUAUUCAAUGGUGAAUUCCUACCAAUGAAUCCAUUACCAUUUUCGGGAGAAGAAGAUGGAGCUGAAAAGAUGUUUCAGUCAAGUCAAGACUUCGAACUAUAUAAGUCGUUAAUGCCUAUUAAAUUACUUCAAUGGAAGUAUAUGGCAUUACCAUUCAUUGAGCUUAAUGUGUCAUUCGAGGAAUUUUCAUUACUUAAAGUUCUCACCAUUUGGCAGAUUAGUUACUACAAGCUUACAUCGAAUGGCCGAAAAAUCUGUGCGGAACAACGGAAUUCCAUCUUAUGUGCUCUGCAUCGACUAUGUCUUGAUCGAGGUGAAGAUCCAGCUGAACGAAUGGGUUCCAUCAUCUUAUCAAUGAAUUACAUAGUUGAGCAAGUACAAGUUCUUGUCAAUUCAUAUGUAAUGAUAACAUUCUUUGAUAUAAUGAAAUGCGAUUCGAAGAUUGUGGACUGUCUAGAUGUAUCCUAUGCCAUGAGCUCUUCCAAAUAA